UCAGAGCAAGGGUGGCAGUCGGGCCGAGGGAACCUGCUCUGCCCAGCUGCCGCUGCCCAGACCCCUGGAUCCCUCCCCAUGGCAGGGGAGACCUUCCCCUUCACCUCCUCCACACUGCGCUCUCUCCGCCUGAAGCGGGAGUGGCUGGAAUGGGAGGACCGGCGUUGGGCUGCAGCCCAGCAGUGCCAGAGCCAAAGGUGCCCCCCAAGUUCCUGGGCCCAACUCGCUAGGCCGCGCCGCUCCUGCCGGGACCCAGCUGUGCACAAUGCCCUGUUCUCUGGUGACCUGCAACAGAUCCAAGCCCUGUUCCAAGAUGAAGGCGCUGCCAACAUGAUUGUGGAGACAGUGAGCAACCAGCUGGCCUGGUCAGCUGAACAGGGGUUCUGGGUGUUGACCCCCAAAGCCAAGCAUACAACACCCCUCACCAUCGCUGCUGCCCGAGGCUACACCGACUGCGCCCGCUACCUGAUCCGGCGGGGAGCUGAGUUGGAUGCCCGGGUUGGGGGCCGGGCCGCCUUGCACGAGGCCUGUGCCCGGGCCCAGGCCGACUGUGUGCAGUUGCUGCUGACCUUCGGCGCCAAGGUCAAUGUGUUGUCUGAGGAAGGCACGACACCAUUGCACCUCUGCACAAUCCCUGAGUCCUUACAGUGCGCCAAGCAGCUGCUGGAGGCGGGAGCAACCGUGAACUUGGCGGUGCAGGACAGCGAGGUGACACCCCUGCAUGUGGCGGCGGCACGAGGCCUGGAGCAGCACGUGGCUCUCUACCUGGAGCACGGCGCCGACGUGAAGCUGCGCACCAGCCAGGGCGAGACGGCCCUGAACGCCGCGUGCGCGGGGGCCGAGGGCCCGGGCAGCAGUCGGCAGCACCAGGUCGCCGUGCGCCGGCUCCUGGAAGCUGGGUCAGAUGCCCGGGCGGCAGGGCGCAAACGCCACACGCCGCUGCACAACGCCUGUGCCAACGGCUGCGGGGGCCUGGCCGAGCUGCUGCUGCACUACGGGGCCUGCGCUGCAGUUCCCAAUGGGGCGGGCCAAACGCCCAUGGACUGCGCGCUGCAGGCCGUCCAGGACGCCCCCAACUGGGAGCCCGAGAUCCUCUUUGCUGCGCUGCUGGACUACGGGGCCCAGCCUGUGCGCCCUGAGAUGCUGAGACACUGUGCCAACUUCCCUCGAGCCCUGGAAGUCCUGCUUAAUGCCUACCCUUGUGUUCCAUCCUGUGAUACCUGGGUUGAGGCAGUGCUUCCAGAGCUGUGUCAGGAGCACGAAGCCUUCUACAGCUCGGCCCUGUGCAUGGUGAAUCAGCCGAGGCAGCUGCAGCACCUGGCCCGGCUGGCCAUACGUGCUCAGCUGGGUAGCCGCUGCCGACAGGCUGCCGCCCGCCUCCCCCUGCCCCCGCUCCUCAAGGACUACCUGCUGCUGCGUGUGGAGGGGUAUAUCCAGUGAGUCCCGUGCCCAGCUGCUCCCAGAGCUUGUCCUGCCCCCUCCAUCAGUUGUCCCCCCCAGCCCUGGAGGACCAGUCCCUGGCUUCUUAUC